UCGAGGCUUCCAGCUGGUGGUGCAGGAGCUGGGAUGAAGUAGUGGCGUGAGGACCCCGCGCCUUAACAUAGAAAGGAAAGAGACUAGAAUCGAUGGUGGUGUGCGCCUCUGGCUGUUCCCUAUGGCAGCCCCGGACCCUCAGGUCCUGGCCUUGGCUGCUCAGAUCACUGAGAGCAGAGAACAGGACAUCCCCCUGCUGCUGCUGAAGUUAAAGGGAAUUUUAAGUAAUCCUUCUUUAAGAUGUGAAGAAUCAAAUAAAAUUAAGCAAGAUAUAUACGAUUAUGGUCUUACUCAGUACUGCUUGCUGGUCCUUAAGCAAGAUCACUCUCAGCUUCAUGGAGCCUGGGCUACUGCUGCCCAGGUAGCAGAGAUACUAAGUCAUUGUUGUGUAGGGUUAGAAGUGAAAGAAGAUCCUGAGGAAUUUUACAAGACGUUUCUUCCUUCAGCUAUAGACAGCCUGCUGGUUUUGGGAAAACGCUUGCAAGCACGAUUUAUCCGAGCCAUCAAGGAGAAAGAAAAACAAGACUUUUUACACUGGUUCCAAAUAGUAACUGAUGCCAUCUGCUGGCUUUUCGGUGGGCAUAUUCAACUAGCAGCCUGUGUACUACAAAAUGAUCGCUUCCUGCAGUUGUUAAUAACAGAUGAUGUUGAAACAUCAAUUAUAAUGAUGUCUGUGUUACACAACAUUUUGAGGAUCAAUAGUUCUAUCUUGCUUCAUGUUGAAGAAGAGACCCUUCACUCUGUUUUGGAUGAACUUGUUUAUAAGCUUUCCUCUACCACCAAUCCUGCUGUAGGAAGUGCUGCCACAAAACUGCUGUUGUUAGUGGCAAAACAUUGCAAACAGCUUGUGCAGUUAUUGACAGCUCGCUACAAAGGAUUAAAAGGGCUUUUAAGUAAACACUGGACUGGCAAAGGAUUUGACAGGGAGGUCAAUCAACUCUUGGACCUGCUGUAUUUGGAACAAUCAAGUGGAAAAGGAGGAAUGCAGAAGCAGCAUCAAGCAGCUUGUAUAAUCCAGGCAGCCUGGCGGGGAUUUCAGACAAGGAAAAGGCUGAAAAAGCUACCCCAAGCAGUGAUCACUUUACAGAGAAGCUUCAGAGCUAAACGGGAACAGGAGCUGCAACAUUUAACAAAACAGAAGGAAGAUGAAGCUCUAAAACUGCAAAUGCAACUUCAGAGACAGAGGGCCAUGAGACUCUUCCAUGAACGACAGCUGGCCUUACUGGAAGUUGUCCAUGCCAGUCAGGUGAAUAAAUACAUGCAGGAAGUGGAGGAGAAAUCAGCAUUAACUAUCCAGAGAUUCUGGCGAGGGUAUAGAGCAAGAAGACUUUUUCAUCAGCAGAAACAAUCUCUUAAGGAGUAUAAGGCAGCUGUCAUCAUUCAGAGAGCAGCUUGUAAAUUCUUGGAGAAACGAAGAAGGAGGAGACCUCUCUCUCCUUGGAAAGAACCCAAGGGACUGACGGAUGAGCAGAGACUAGCUUUGCAGCAGAAGGUGGAUGACUACAUCAAAUUGCAUCCGGCUCCCCAAAUGUCAGAGGAAAGGAGUAAAGAAUUGCAUAUGCAGGCUCAGUCAAAGCUGGCACAGUUCCUGUUGAGGAGCAGGCUGGAUCAGAGAGCAGCACAGCGGAGAGAGGCUUUACUGGCUCAGGUCAACACCGAUGUGGAGCUGCUAAUGAAUGCUCCAGGCUUAGCAGAGACCACAGAAAAAGAUCUUGGUGCAUUUAUGAGUCGAUCAAUCCCUGUAGCUACCAAGGCAAGACAAACCCACAACACAAUGCUAAAAUACUCUCGUUGGCCAUGGUGGAAGAAGCUUGGAGAUGAGUUUAUGGAGGAUGAUGUAAUUCCUGAUGAUGCCAUAAACACAGAACUGGAAACUCUCUUUAUUGGAGGAACGAAACCCUUUUAGGUGACAAGCAGAAGAAUUUAAUAUUCAACCAAACUCGUAUCUAGCACUGUGCACUCACUUGUGUAUGUUUUUAAGGAAGGAAAACAUUUGAAAAAGACUGAAAAAGACCAAGGCCUUAUUUUAGUGCAUUUUACUUAGUAAGAAUCCCUUCCUGUACAUCAACAGUUGGAUCCUAUUGUGCUGUUGCAAAUAGGAUUUAAAUACUGUAAUUGUAAAUUAAGGUAUUUUGUAAUUUGUAUCACUUUAAAAGUAAGUUCCUAACCUUUGGCUUUUCUUCACACUUAUUAUUCAUACUGGGAUGCAUAAAAAUGGCCAUUGUAAAAGACUGGGAUUUUAUAGCAAAACAUUUUAUCGGGUGAUGUGCUUUGAAAUAAAGAUGUGUCCAGAGCAAACCAACACACCAAUAGGAAAUCAUGCAAACAUGA